UUGACAGUGACAGGUUUGCGUGCGAUUUCUUAGUGGACGUGUUGUAUUUUUGUCCAACUAUUGCGGAAUGUUAUCAAAAUAGAUAACGCUAACUCUUUUACUUCAUUUCAAAUCUAAUAACCAAUCACGAAGUCUCUUAAAGUCAGAUAACAGUAAAUGUGUCGCGGAUAGGAAUGGUUUUUCGUUCGUCUUCGCGUUUAUACGAUUUUAUUAUUUUCAUCGAAUUAAGUGCACAAAUCAUGAAGGUUAUGUAAUAAAUAGUUUGUUGUCGCGGGGCAGAAACGAGCGGCCAAGAUGAGGGUGGUGGCGUUGGUGAGCGGCGGCAAAGACAGCUGCUACAAUAUGAUGCAGUGCGUGGCGGCCGGGCACACGCUCGCGGCGCUGGCCAACCUCCAACCGAGGCAUAAAGAUGAAAUGGACAGUUACAUGUACCAGACAGUGGGCCACCAGGGUAUAGAGCUGUAUGCAGAAGCCAUGGGACUGCCUCUGUAUAGGGAAGUCAUCUCUGGAGUGGCUGUAGACCAGGGCCGGAACUACAAGCCCACAGAGAAUGAUGAGGUUGAAGACCUGUACAGAUUACUGUCUAAGAUUAAGGAUGAGCUGGCAAUAGAGGCGGUUGCUGUUGGGGCCAUCUUGUCAGAUUACCAAAGAAUAAGGGUUGAGAAUGUGUGUCAAAGAUUAGGCCUAGUCUCUCUCGCCUACCUAUGGCGAAGGAACCAAAAAGAAUUGCUAAAGGAAAUGAUUGCUGGUGGUGUCGAAGCCAUUAUUAUAAAGGUGGCAGCACUGGGCCUCGACCCGCGUGUGCACCUGGGCAUGAGCUUGCAGAACAUACAGCCACACCUGUUGCUGAUGGCCGACAAAUAUGGCCUCAACGUGUGUGGCGAAGGCGGCGAGUACGAAACCUUCACACUCGAUUGCCCGCUCUUCAAGAAACGCUUAGUCAUAGAUGAAAAAGAAAUGGUGUUACAUACCGACGAUCCGGUGGCACCUGUGGGCUAUCUGAAUUUAAAACUGCAUCUUGAACCAAAGGAAAACUUCGAAGAAACCAUCAAUCUACCUCCAACUGUAAAAAACUGUUUAGAUUUUGUAAGCGAUUUGAGCGAUACCGUAUUUAGUGAUUUAAGCGACAUAGAACUAAGCGAGUCCGAGUUUGAGUCGAUGGAGAAGUUGGAAAAGGAGGAGAUAAAGAAACAAAAUGAACUGAAUCCGCUUCUGACGUACUCCGGGGAUAAGUCUGAGGAUAAUGUUGACGCUGUUGAGGAGAAGGACGGGCCUGAUUGUAUAGGAGACGGUUACAUGUACGAGCAUAACGAGAGCGAGCGGCAGGCGGUGGUCGACCACCGGUCUAUAUACGGGAACAAACACGGCUGGUACUUCAUCGGUGGCAUCGUCGGCGAGGGUGUGGACACCGCCGACGCCACUGAAGACGCCAUGAAAAAACUCAUUAGCUUGUUAGAGUCGGAAGACAUGCAGUUGAAGGAGGUAUGCUCAGUGAAUAUCUACAUGAGAGAUAUGGAGGAGUACGCAGCUCUGAACGAGGUGUACGCUAGAUAUUUCUGCUUCGAGAAUCCGCCCACUAGGGUCUGUGUCCAGUGCCCGAUGCCGGGAGACGUCGGACUUAUUUUAGACGCUGUUGCUCAUAAACAAAUUCCUAUUAAUCCACUUGAGACUGACAGCAGUAUUUCAAAGGAACGGAUAACAAUGCAUGUACAGGGUAUUUCACAUUGGGCUCCGGCAAACAUUGGACCGUAUAGUCAAGCGAUUAAGGUUGGUGAAGUGAUUGGCACGUGCGGUCAGAUCGCGUUAGUGCCGGGCAGUAUGCGGCUGGUGGGCGGCGGCGCGCGGCGCCAGUGCGCCCUGGCGCUGCGGCACCUCACGCGGGUGCUGCGGGCCACGCAUCCUCGCGCGCACAUACGAUCUGUUGUACAGAGCGUGUGCUACAUGACGCACGGGUCCGCGGUGGGCGAGGCGCGGCGGCAGCUGGAGCGGCGCACGGCGGGCGCCAUCGUGCAGUACGCCGUGGUGGGCGCGCUGCCGCGCGGCGCCGCGCUCGAGUGGCACGCCUGGGCGCACACCGACAACAACCGCUUCGAGUAUGAAGAAACGGGAUGCAACGUGGGCGACUACAAAGUGGCAAUCACAAGGAGGUGGAACUAUGAGAACACUGUCGCCGCGUUCGUGUGUUAUGUAGCUACAGGCUCGUCCCCGUCGUCGUGCCAGCUAUCGUUCCCAUCGGCGGAGGCUUGCGGGCAGCACCGCGCUCGCGCGCAGCAGAUGUCAAGCGAAGAGCUGGAGGAAGUACUGACGUACGCGCUGCGCAAGCUGCUCAACGACUGCCGCGACCAGGAGCCCUGCCCCGCCGUCAAGAUACGGAUAUUGUACCAGGUGUGGAGCGCGCCCCCCCCGGCGGCGCUGCAGCGCGCGGCGGCGGGCGUGCGCGCGGCGCUGGCGGCGCGCGCGUGCGUCACGUGCGUGCCCGUGCUGGCGCUGCACAACGCCUUCACCUUCCUGUCCAUCAGCGGCCUGCGCCUCGACGAGUAGCGCCGCACGCGCCGCCCCGUAUACGUACACAGGUUCCCUUUUCGAGAAAUAAGGAUAAAGAUGCUUUAUUGCCAGUUUCUAAAUAUAUUUGCUGAAUAUUUUCAGUAUUUAUAUAAUUAAUUUUGUUAAUUAUGCUACCGAGUUUACCAUAUUGUAAGUCAAAUUAUAUAAAUUAUUUUUUAUUGCAA